GAGCAGACGGAGCUGAGCUUUACAAACACAGCGAGCAGAGAAAAUCAAAGCAGCUCCUAACCUGUGCUUCCGAGCGCGUUUCGCCGGUUUUGUUUCGAAGAAAGGCGUUUUUCUGAGGUGAUGAGGAUGUUGGGCAUGUAUGUGCCGGACAGAUUCGUGCUGAAGUCCUCUAAAGUUCAGGACGGGAUGGGGCUGUACACUGCCAGAGCAGUCCACAAGGGUGAGAAGUUUGGUCCGUUCGCAGGUGAAAAGCGGAUGCUGAGUGACUUGGAUGAAAGCAUGGAUCCACGACUGAUGUGGGAGGUUCGAGGGAAUAAAGGGGACGUGCUUUAUAUCCUGGACGCUAGUAACCCUCGCCAUGCUAACUGGCUUCGCUUCGUUCAUCAGGCCCCUUCACAGGAGCAGAAGAACCUGGCCGCCAUUCAGGAUGGAGAGAAUAUCUUCUAUCUGGCUGUUGAUGACAUCGAGACAGAUACAGAGCUUCUGAUUGGCUACCUGGACAGCGAUAUGGAGGAGGAAGAGGAGGACCUUGAGGAAGAUCAGGACAUCAAAGAUGAAGAUGGGAACAGUACAGAGAGCAAACACCUCAGUGCAGAAACCGAGCUGGUGAUUAAGAAGGAAGAUUACCCGUGUCUGCUGUGUGAGAGCAGCUUCCCCAGUGAAGAAGUGUUAGCUGAACAUCUUCAGAGCCUUCAUCAGAGAGGAAGAGCAGAGGACAAAGAGUUCAAAUGUCACACCUGCGGAAAAGAGUUUCCUGUCAAACAGGCCCUGCAGCGCCAUGUUCUUCACUGUACAGAGAGCUCUGCUUCAUCAGGAGACCCUUCAAAAGCCCAUCAGUGUGCCCUGUGUCACAGCACCUUCUGUUCAGAGUCCAGUUUUGAGCAACACAAAGAGGUGUGUAAAGGAGACGGUCGGUUCAUCUGUAAGUUUGAGAGCUGUGGGAAAAGAUUCAGGAGUAAAGACGCCCUGAAGAAACACAAAGGCAACGUCCACACAGGGAGUGCUCGCAGGAAGUUGGUAUGCACCAUCUGUAAUAAGAAGUGCUCAUCCUCACUCAACCUGCAGGAGCACCGCAAGGUUCAUGAGAUAUUUGACUGUACUGACUGUGAUAAGAAGUUCAUCUCCACGAAUCAGUUGAAGCGACACAUGAUCACACACUCUGAAAAGCGUCCGUACACCUGUGACAUCUGCAGCCGAAGUUUCAAGCGUCUGGAUCAGGCCACGGCUCACAAGAUCAUCCACAGUGAGGAUAAACCGUACAAGUGUAAGCUGUGCUGGAAGGAGUUUGCCCACCGCAAUGUCUACAAGAACCACAAAAAGGUACCAGUCAGUGUGUGUGUUUGUUCUUGAUGUCUUGAGAGACCUUCGUUUGUUCCAGUUCAAAGUCAGGCAGAGCGGCAGAAUUAAACAGGGACGACAUAUGGUUGGACGGACAGAUCGAGCCGACAGAUUUUUGGCCAAAUAAACUGCUGGCAUCUUAUCUUAAUGGAGAUCUGAAGCCCAAUCAGCCACUGUGGAGCCUAAUCAAAACCUUCAGCCUAACCCUGACCUGUAGUGACCCCGCACGACCCCUGACCUUUACACCCGGCAGAUUACAUUAACCCCAAAACUCCACACAGCUCUGAACACAGAGAGUGUGUGAAAGAGAGAAAAGAACACAGAAA